CUAGUAGUUAGAUUGCAGUAUGAUGGCGCUAGUAGGUAAAACCAAGCGAAAUAUGAAACGUUCAAUUAUUUUCUGAUUCACGCGAUGCAUUUGUGUCAUCGUGUCUAACCUGUGUGAAAAGGAUUCAUAGCAAUAGUGGAAGGAAAAUAAAACAAUCUCUUGACAGGUGCCACCACGAAAAGAAAAAUGGCAAAAUGUUUAGGUUGUGGAUACUUUCUAAUAUUUCUUAUCGUACAUUUAGUGGGUGCAGAAAGAAUAAAAGAUAUGAUUUAUAUGAAUUUUGAAGGAGUUGCUGCCUGUUUCCGUAGACACAAUGGAACACAUCAAUUUGGAUGUUCUUCAAGUAGGUCAGGAAGUGUUGGUGUUAUUCACUUAGUGGAAGAUGAAAAUGAUAUCAGAUGGCUUGAACAAAAUGCUAAUGUUGGAGAUUAUACUGUAAUUCUUACAUUUUCUAUGUUUACCAGAGACAUAUUACUUCGUUUAAGAAAUACACAUAAUAUAAAUGGAGUUUUAUUAACUAAAAAUACCAGUCAACCACAUCCUGAAUAUUAUUCUCCUGAAGAUACUUGUCCCAAUCGAUAUUCAGGCUAUAAAAAGUGCCAGGAUUUGGGGUGGAAUCCUUAUGGAUCCUCAUUGCUCAUGGAAGAUUGGCCUUUUCCCAUGUUUUAUACAGAGAAUCAAACACUGAUAGAAGCUGUAAAAUCUUGUUUUUUAAAACAUAAUGCUCCUGAUAUGGAAAAUCAACAGUACAGACCACUGUGUGCACUAGAAAUGAAGUCAUUCAUGUUUGCUGCAAUUAACUCUGAAUCUUGCAUUAAACGUAGUGAUUUUAAAUUGAACUUCAAUCCUACACAAUUUUGUGAUCCUUUAGGAGAUAGGAAUAUAUAUUGGCCGUUAGCUCCCAUAAAUAGAGAUAAAAACUCCAUAAUAUUGGUGACAGCUAGAUUAGAUGCAUCUUCUUUGUUUGAUGGAAUAUCACCUGGAGCAGGCAAUGUGGUCACAGGAUUAGUAACAUUACUUGCUACAGCUUAUUAUUUAAAUAUAUUAGCUAAGGAUGCUGUAGUGGAAAACACUAAUGUGGUUUUCUCUUUAUUAAAUGGAGAAGCUUUUGACUAUAUAGGAUCUAGUAGAUUCAUUUAUGAUUUGAAAGAAGGUAAUUUCAAUGCAUUAGGUGGAGUAAAUUUAAAGUUUGAUGACAUUAAAACUGUGAUCGAAUUUGGCCAACUGACUAAAGGAAAAUUAUUUCUUCAUUCUAAUAAUGCGCAAAAUGACGAAAUGAUAAAAAAGAUACAAGUAGCGUUAAAUGCUACGGUUUUAGAAGACAGCGUUCCGCCUACGUCUAUACAGAGUUUCUUAAAAGAAAAGCCAGAUUUGACUGCUGUUGUUAUAAGUGACCACGGUCAACAAUUUAAAAACAAAUAUUACAAUGGGAUUUUGGAUGACGCAGAAAGUCUUAGCUUCAAUAGGAGCGACAUAAAUGGGCUUGCAACUGCUCUAGCAAAGAUAGCAGUUCAUGUCGCUGAAAUCCUUUACAAAGAAGUAGUCAGUACCGGGUCUCUCGACAAUUAUGAUUCUUUCCAAUCUGUUGAACACCAUAUUUUGGAAAUGUUGAAAUGUUAUUUAGAAAGUGCUAAAUGCCCUUUGUUUCAUGCUGCUUCGUCUCCAAACGCUAAAUUAAUUAAUCAAGUUUUAUCACUAUAUGUUGGUGUACAUAGGGUACCAAAUAUUGCCACAACACUAACUGGUCAACUUCUUGCAUAUCUGACUAGAGAGGAAGUUGCAAAUAUGACAGAAACAACAUGUUAUGAAAACCACCUUAUUUGGAUGGCUGGUGAUAAUAAUUCAGGUUUAUGUAUAAAUUCCAGUGUAAAUUAUAGCACAGCUAUGAGUCCAGCAUUUAUUAUUGAUGGGUAUGACAUGAAAUCCGGAGUGUAUUCAACAUGGACAGAAUCUAUAUGGCAAACAUUAAGUGUAAGAAUGUUCCUGAAACCUUCAGCAGCAACCGAACAACUCACUAUGAUUUUAGGAAGUUCAGUAGCUGGUAUAUCAUUUGUACUCGUAUGGUUCAUUAAUUCCCGAGCGGAUAUAUUAUUUAAUUCAAGAAAUUUGUUUUAGAAGAGCAAUAAACUGCUAGGGAUACGCUGCGGACCACAUAUCAAUGGCCAGGUUGGAUUACUAUCAAGAAGACGAGGAUGUUCCAGUAACUAGCCUUUGAAUGUAUGUGUGGUACGCUCUCGGACAAUUUUUAUACCUCAAUGUUGAAAUAUAUGAUGCCACCGAUGUUUAAUUCCGAUAUCAUCGUGAUGUUUCGACGGCUAUUUAAUCAAACUUUUGCACCUGUUGUUAGUAUAAUGAGAACGGAUGUGCAUCCGCUUAAUUUGUCACGUCCCUUUCUCUGAUAUUACCGAUGAUUAUACAUAUACAACACAUUCGACCAUAAACAUUUUUAUAAAUGUGCGUUAUGUGUAUGAAAUGAAACGAUGCAAUUUUUUUUUAAUUCUGUAACAAAAUUAAUAAGAGAGUAUUACUCCUGUAUCUCGAGAUAAUCGGGGUACACUAGCACUAGAAAGUUUAUUGAAUUUUUGGUCUCAUUAGGAUUUUUUUUGUACGCAAUGAUGAAACGUAUAUAUAUAUAUAUGUAUAUACAUAUGUAUAUACAUAUAUAUAUACACACGUAUUUUAUUUAUACGCAUAAUUACAUAUAAUAUUUACAGCUAGUAUGAUCAAUAUAAUACUUUAAACGAUUAUUAUUUAAUUUCAUGCCCAUUUUUCAUGAACAUUUAGUAUUGUAAAUGUCAUGCAUGUAUUUGACUCAUAUUAUAGUGAAUCGUUGAUUAUUUGCAGUACAUUUAUCGAGAUUUUAUAGGUAAUAAUUUUUGUAAUUAAUUUUAUAUUUCUCUGUUUAUUUAUUAUAGUUAUCCUAUAUCGGUAAUGAAUCGAUGUUAGUGCAGGAUAUUUAAUUUGUUUAACACAAUUAUUGCUCACGAUACCUAAAACUAGACAAUUGUACGAAAUAUCGAAAUGCGAUAAUAAUGUAAUAUACAUAAUGUAAUCAAGUUUCUUUGCCAAUUGUUACGAUAAGAACUUUAAGAAUUUAUUUAAUAGAGAAAUUUUCAAUUGCAAUAAAUAUUUUUUCUGAUUAAAAG